AUGCCUCUCCCCGAGGGGGCUCGCAGCCCGGGGGGCGUCCACACCAACCCCGCGCGCGGCGCGGGCUACACCAACCGGAGCUUCGAGUUCGACGAUGGCCGAUGUGCCCCCAGGCAGCCCGGAGCCGGGGACGGCUGCCGCGGGGACGGCGUGCUCCUGGACAUCGCCGGCCUCAAGAUGACCGACUUGGACUCGGAGGUGCUGCCCCUGCCGCCGCGGUAUCGCUUUCGGGACCUGCUGCUGGGCGACCAGUCCUUCCAGAACGACGACAGGGUCCAGGUGGAGUUCUAUGUCAACGAGAACACCUUCAAGGAGCGGCUCAAGCUGUUCUUCAUCAAAAACCAAAGAUCCAGCCUGCGGAUCCGGCUGUUCAACUUCUCCCUGAAGCUGCUCACCUGUCUGCUCUACAUCGUCCGCGUCCUGCUGGACGACCCCAACCAGGGCAUCGGAUGCUGGGGCUGUCCCAAGCAAAUCUACACCUUCAAUGGAUCGUCCUCCGAGUUCUAUUGGGCCCCCAUCCUGUGGGUGGACAGGAAGAUGGCUCUGUGGGCCGCCCAGGUCAUCGUGGCCAUGAUCAGCUUCCUGGAGACCAUGCUGCUCAUGUACCUCAGCUACCAGGGCAACAUCUGGGAGCAGAUCUUCCGCGUCUCCUUCGUCCUGGAGAUAAUCAACACCCUGCCCUUCAUCAUCACGAUCUUCUGGCCACCGCUACGAAACCUGUUCAUCCCUGUGUUUCUGAACUGCUGGCUGGCCAAGCACGCCCUGGAGAACAUGAUCAACGACUUCCACCGUGCCAUCCUGCGGACCCAGUCAGCCAUGUUCAACCAGGUUCUGAUCCUCUUCUGCACCCUGCUGUGCCUCGUCUUCACCGGUACCUGUGGCAUCCAGCACCUGGAGCGCUCGGGCGGGAACCUGUCCCUGCUGACCUCCUUCUAUUUCUGCAUCGUCACAUUCUCCACCGUGGGCUAUGGCGACGUGACGCCCCAGAUCUGGCCGUCCCAGCUGCUGGUGGUCAUCAUGAUCUGCGUGGCCCUCGUGGUGCUCCCACUGCAGUUUGAGGAGCUCGUGUACCUCUGGAUGGAACGGCAGAAGUCAGGGGGCAACUACAGCCGCCACCGGGCGCAGACGGAGAAACACGUGGUCCUGUGCGUCAGCUCCCUCAAGAUCGACCUCCUCAUGGACUUCCUGAACGAGUUCUACGCCCACCCCCGGCUCCAGGACUAUUACGUGGUCAUCCUGUGCCCCACCGAGAUGGACGUGCAGGUGCGCAGGGUGCUACAGAUCCCCCUGUGGUCCCAGCGGGUCAUCUACCUCCAGGGCUCUGCGCUCAAGGACCAGGACCUCAUGCGCGCCAAGAUGGACAAUGGGGAGGCCUGCUUCAUCCUCAGCAGCCGGAACGAGGUGGACCGCACUGCAGCAGACCACCAGACCAUCUUGCGCGCCUGGGCCGUGAAGGACUUUGCCCCCAACUGCCCCCUCUACGUGCAGAUCCUCAAGCCUGAGAACAAGUUCCAUGUCAAGUUUGCCGACCACGUGGUGUGUGAAGAGGAGUGCAAGUACGCCAUGCUGGCCCUGAACUGCAUCUGCCCGGCCACCUCCACCCUCAUCACCCUGCUGGUGCACACCUCCCGCGGCCAGGAGGGGCAGGAGUCGCCGGAGCAGUGGCAGCGCAUGUACGGCCGCUGCUCGGGAAACGAGGUCUACCACAUCCGCAUGGGCGACAGCAAGUUCUUUCGCGAGUACGAGGGCAAGAGCUUCACCUACGCCGCCUUCCACGCGCACAAGAAGUACGGCGUGUGCCUCAUCGGGCUGAAGCGCGAGGAGCACAAGAGUAUCCUGCUGAACCCGGGGCCCCGGCACACACUGACCGCUUCGGACACCUGCUUCUAUAUCAACAUCACCAAGGAGGAGAACUCGGCCUUCAUCUUCAAGCAGGAGGAGAAGCAGAGGAGGGAGGGCUGCUCCGGCCCGGGGCUCCGUGAGGGGCCCUCGAGGCUGCCGGUGCACAGCGUCAUCGCCUCCAUGGGGACUGUGGCCAUGGACCUCCAGAACGCGGAGUGCCAGCCACCGCAGAGCAGCGGGGGCGGCAAGCUGGCACUGCCCACGGAGAACGGCUCGGGCAGCCGGCGGCCCAGCAUCGCGCCGGUCCUGGAACUGGCCGACAGCUCUGCACUGCUGCCCUGUGACCUGCUGAGCGACCAGUCGGAGGAUGAGACCGCGCCGUCGGACGACGAGGGGCUGUCCGUGGUGGAGUACGUGAAGGGCUAUCCCCCCAACUCGCCCUACAUCGGCAGCUCCCCUACCCUGUGCCACCUCCUGCCCGUGAAGGCACCCUUCUGUUGCCUCCGGCUGGACAAGGGCUGCAAGCACAACAGCUAUGAAGAUGCCAAGGCCUAUGGGUUCAAGAACAAGCUCAUCAUUGUCUCCGCCGAGACGGCUGGCAACGGGCUCUACAACUUCAUCGUGCCGCUGCGUGCCUACUACAGGUCCCGCAAGGAGCUCAACCCCAUUGUGCUGCUCCUGGACAACAAGCCCGACCACCACUUCCUGGAGGCCAUCUGCUGUUUCCCCAUGGUCUACUACAUGGAGGGCUCCGUGGACAACCUGGACAGCCUGCUGCAGUGCGGCAUCAUCUACGCGGACAACCUGGUGGUGGUCGACAAGGAGAGCACCAUGAGCGCUGAGGAGGACUACAUGGCCGACGCGAAGACCAUCGUCAAUGUGCAGACCAUGUUCCGGCUCUUCCCCAGCCUCAGCAUCACCACGGAGCUCACCCAUCCCUCCAACAUGCGCUUCAUGCAGUUCCGCGCCAAAGACAGCUACUCGCUGGCGCUUUCCAAGCUGGAGAAGAGGGAGCGUGAGAACGGCUCCAACCUGGCCUUCAUGUUCCGCCUGCCCUUCGCCGCAGGCCGCGUCUUCAGCAUCAGCAUGUUGGACACGCUACUUUACCAGUCCUUCGUGAAGGACUACAUGAUCACCAUCACCAGGCUGCUGCUGGGCCUGGACACCACGCCCGGCUCUGGUUACCUCUGUGCCAUGAAGAUCUCCGAGGACGACCUCUGGAUCCGCACCUACGGCCGCCUCUUCCAGAAGCUGUGCUCCUCCAGUGCCGAGGUCCCCAUCGGGAUCUACAGGACCGAGUGCCACGUCUUCGCCACCUCGGAGCCCCACGACAUCAGGGUCCAGUCCCAGAUCUCCGUGAACAUGGAGGACUGUGAGGACACCCGGGAAGUGAAGGGGCCCCGGGCCGUGCGGGCAGGCGGCGGCGGUGGCAGUGCCCACGGCCGCCACUCAGGCGGCGGCGACCCGGCGGACCCCCCGCUGCUGCGGCGCAAGAGCCUACAGUGGGCGAGGAGGCUGAGCCGCAGGGGCCCCAAGCAGGCGGGCAAGGCCACGGCGGCGGCCGAGUGGAUGGGCCAGCAGCGGCUCAGCCUGUACCAGCGCUCCGAGCGGCAGGAGCUCUCCGAGCUGGUCAAGAACCGCAUGAAGCACCUGGGGCUGCCCACCACGGGCUACGACGAGAUGAACGACCAGCAGAACACCCUGUCGUACGUCCUCAUCAACCCGCCGCCUGACACAAGGCUGGAGCCCAACGACAUUGUGUAUCUCAUCCGCUGUGACCCCCUGGCCCACGUGGCCAGCAGCUCGCAGGCUCAGAAAGACAGCUGCAGCCACAAGCUGGCGUCUUGCAACCCCAAGACACGCGACGAGACGCAGCUCUGA